CCUUGACCGAGGGGCUGGGCUGCGGUAGGUGCACAGCCUGGUCUUGGGCAGUGGGGGUCGAGCGUCCUGCAGCUCUUGGAGCUGUGAGACCGCUCCUCUUUCCGGGAUCUCCAGACAGCGUGGGUGUUUGGAGGCCGAUGUGGCUCGUGUGCUGCACUGCGCUCAGAGUUACCGUAGCUCACUGCUGGGGCUUACACCGGGGUGGAUCUGCGGUCUCUCGGACUCGGGCUCUGGGCGCCCUGAAGGCUUUGGAGGGUGCGUCCAGCCCCGCCCACCCACAAGCAGCUGUGGGUGCCCCUCCCUUCUCCCUCCCGGGUCCCUCUGAUCUGUGCGUGUGUAGCCGGGGCAUGUAAACUUUGCCGGGCCGGAGAACUCGGGUCCCUACGACGCGAGCGGAAUCACCGAGGUUAAUUGCAAAGGCCAGGUUGAACACCUCAAGUCAAGAAGGGCCCACACUAGAGAUCUUGACGAGUAAAAAAAAAAAAGCAUUAAUAAAUGCCGAAAUGUCAAGCUCUUCACCCUUCAGAAUGCAGCUAGUACACUUGGACCUUAAAGGAGCUCCCCCCAAGGUCUUGUACCUGGCAGAGAUCUUCCCUCUCUUCCAUGCCCUUGGUGCAAAUGGCAUCCUCAUUGAAUAUGAAGACAUGUUUCCCUAUGAGGGCCCUCUGCAACUUCUGAAGGCCAGGCAUGCCUACAGCCCCUCUGAAAUCAAAGAAAUUCUUCAUCUGGCCAGGCUACAUGAGUUGGAGGUUAUUCCCCUGGUGCAGACAUUUGGACACAUGGAAUUUGUUCUGAAGCACGAGAAGUUUUCUCACCUCCGAGAAGUGGAGCUGUUCCCAAAUGCUUUGAACCCCCACAAGGAGGAAUCCCUGGCCUUAGUGAGUACAAUGAUCAGUCAAGUAAUGGAGCUUCACAGAGGCAUUCGAUGGUUCCACAUAGGAUGUGAUGAGGUAUAUUACCUUGGUGAAGGGGAGAUGUCUAAACAGUGGUUGCAGCAGGAACAGAACAGUAUGGUAAAACUAUGUCUGACCCAGAUGAAAGCAGUUGCUAGCCAGGUGCUCAUCCACAACCCCAAUGUGAAGCCCAUUGUAUGGGAUGACAUGCUUAGGGGCAUUAGUGAAGAAUGUCUCACAGAGUCUGGAAUAGCACAGCUGGUGGAGCCAAUGAUCUGGGACUACAUCGAAGAUAUGGAUGUACAUGGAAAAGUUCUCCUCAUGGAUAAGUACAGGAAAUGUGGUUUCCCUAAACUGUGGGUAGCCAGUGCUUUUAAAGGUGCCACAGGGGUGAAUCAGUCUUUGACCAUUAUUGGCCAUCACCUCAAAAAUAACAUCCAGUGGUUGAAAGUGGCAGACAAUGGACCUGCUGAGAUGCUGCAAGGAAUCGUUCUAACUGGUUGGCAAAGGUAUGAUCACUUCUCUGUUCUCUGUGAGCUGCUUCCUGUGGGAAUCCCAUCCCUAGCAGUAUGUCUGCAGGCACUCAAACAUGGAGGUUAUACUGACAAUGUUAAAAAAAUAGUGGAGAAGUACCUAGGGAUGUCAAAUUUGGAAAUCAACAGUUUUAUGAGUGAAAGCUCUGGGACUUUCCCUGGCAGUGAUGUCUUCACCCUGAUCACUCAGAUCAGCUUUCACCUAAGGCGCUCUGUGGAUGAACUGCUAGAAAGGAACAGGUAUGUAACAGGUUGGUUCAGCCCUUACCACCGCAAGAGGAAGAUGAUUCACCCGGUGAUGAUCCAGCACAUCCAGCCAGAUGUCAUAAGUCUCCUAACCAGAUGGAAUGCUGUCAUCCAAGAGCUGCAGGCAGCACUUGAAAGAAUUUUCUACCCAGAUGCAGUAGAGGAGUGGCUGGAAGAAAACACCCAUCCCACCAUUCAGAAGCUCCAGCAACUGCUGCAAGAUCUGGAUGCAGCAAUAGCAGCUCAGUCUUAACACUUCUGCCAUGGAAGUGUAUAGAAGGCUUACCCGCUGCUAACCCAUCUUACAGAUGGCCAGGACCACUCAUUUACUACAUGAAAGCAGUGCUUAGGGGAGGGGGGCAGGGUUGGGAGGGUUCCUGUGGGUAUGAUUGAAAAAUCUGAUGCUAGGACAGAAUCUGAAAAGAGACAAUGAGGUAUGAAGACAUGAUACUGGAUCUUGAGUUAAAAGCUAUUAAUUACCAUGGGAAGAUGAAGUAGAAUUUAUUACGCCACAAGUGAAUCCCCAAAAUUAGAAGUGGCAAUCAUAAUAUUCCACAAGGCAGCAGUAAAAAGAUAGAAGUAGAUAAGCAAAAAAGAUAACCAAGGAAACUACAUUAGGCUUGAAGGCACUAUAAAUGUUAAUACUGAAAUAUAUGCACACAAAUAGGAUAGCAUUCAAAUACUUGAAGGAAAAAAUAAUUGAACUAUAGAGUAAAAACAGACAACAAACUAUAAUAGUUGGGGACUUCAUUGUGUCCCUUUCCACCCUAGGUAAAUCUAACAAAAAGAUAAACAAGAAAGACCCUGAAAAGAAAUUGAAAAAUUAAAUAUGAUAGAGGUCUGGUGAUUAAUGGAUGAGAAGAGAAAGUAUUUCUCCACUACAUGGCACCUUUACAAAACAUGCAGAAAGUUUAAAUACUUCCUUUACUGACAAUAGCACAAUAAAAACUAUAAUCAAGAGAUGGAAUUUGAAGUAAAAGAAAAUGUAUAGGUUAUAGUUAUUACUGAUCACAAUUUACCACUUAAAAAUAAAAAUUGUCAUUCCAUUUACUGCUCUUAAUGUAACAGAAUGAGCACUCUUAUUGCUAGAAAUUAUUCUUAAGACUUGUUUUCACUUCUGCCUUGAUGUUUAGGACCAUUUACAGUGAAGCAGCUUGUUAAAACCACAGCUGGAUUAAGGACAGGAACAAAAGCAGUCCAUCACUCUGAAAUGACUAGUCCCAUGAACCAAAGUAUCCCCUUCUCAUCCAGCCUGUACUUGGUCCUAUACUAAACUCUGGUACUCAUAUUUAUACUGAAGCUCCACAGAAGGUAAACCUUUGGUGGUAGUUUUACAAUCAAGUUACUGCUCUGUAGAAACCACUGUUUCCAUACUACGGUUCUCCACUGAUGGAAUACAAAGAAUUUAAGACCUUGUCCUCCAGGAGUUUAGACUUUAUCCUAUAUACAACAAGUCCAAAAUUUACAUUUAAGAUUUUUGACUUGAGUGACACUCUCAGACCCUAGGCAAAAUUGUAAAUUGUAUCAGAUUUAUUUUGGACACCCCUUACCACUCCAAUUUCCUCCUACAAUCUUUUGGAGUAUAUUCUAUCCUCUUACCUACUAAAAUGUAGGAGUACUACUAGAGAAGAAUGACCAGGAUAGUGAGAUGACUGAGCCUCAAGAAGACAGCUGGGGAAUGAUAACAGAACUAGAAACAAUAGAUGCAUAAAAAUUGCAGAGGCAAAUUUUAGCUGGAUUUAAAAGAAAGACCUCCCAGCAGCUAGAACUUUCCAAAAGCAGAAUGGGCUCCCUCCAUUGAACCAGUUGUCAGGGUUGUUAGAGAGGAAAUUCCUGUUCUGCUAUUGGUUGGACUAGAUUAGUGCCAAACUAAAAUAGACAUAGUUCCCAGUAGGCUCAUAUUGACUUCAAAAAUCACAAAUUAACUGUGAUACUGUUCAUUUUGUUAAACAUUACCAAUUACAGUUUAAUCUGGUUCAGCUGCAUUCAAGCUUUGCUUUGCUGGAUCUUGUGACCAGCAGGCAGCAUGUUAAAUACUUUUGGACUAGA